ACAUAUGCUCAUUUUUGCUUGCGCGCCUGUUGCAGACGGCUGAGCAGUAAUAGUCACACAGUAGCGCGAUAAACAUGGCACGUCAGCAGCAACAAAACGAGGUUGACGAAUUGUUUAACGUCCGGAAUUACUUCUACAUCGGUAAUUACCAGCAAUGCAUCAACGAGGCCCAAAAGUUGAAGCUCUCUUCUCCAGAAGCCACUGUGGAAAGGGACAUUUUUGUGUUCAGAUCAUUUUUGGCACAAAAGAAAUACAGUAUAGCACUGAAUGAAAUCAAAGAUAAUUCCCCAAAGGAACUUCAACCUCUUAAAUUAUUGGCGCAGUACUUUGCCUCACCAGAAAAAAGGGAAACAAUUCUUGAGCAGUUAGAAAAAGAUAAGUAUCAUGUAGCAGAAAAAGGUGCCAGUUUUAGAUUAGUUGCUGCUUUAAUCUAUUAUCAAGAAGAAAACUUUGAUGAUGCUUUGAGAGUAUUAUGGAAAUCUGACAAUAUUGAGUGUAUGGCACUCAGUGUUCAAAUUUACCUAAAGAUGAAUAGAUCUGAUUUAGCUCAAAGUGAAGUCAAAGCAAUGCAGGAGAAAGAUGAAGAUGCUACUCUCACACAGCUUUCUCUUGCUCAUGUUAACUUAACUCUAGGAGGUAAUAAAUUCCAAGAAGCAUUUUACAUUUUCCAGGAAUUAAUUGAUAAAUAUACCCCAACAACACUAUUGUUAAAUGGUAAAGCUAAUUCUCUAGCUCUGCAACAUAAGUUUGAAGAAGCUGAGGAAGUACUUCAAGAGGCACUGGAAAAAGACAGUAACAAUCCAAAUACGUUAGUUAAUAUGAUGGUCGUAUUAGCUCAUCUUGGAAAACCAGAAGAGGCUUCUCAGCGAUACUUCAUGCAAUUGAAAGAUUCGCAUCCCAAACAUCCUUUUGUAACAGAAUACUUGGCAAAAGAAGCAGAAUAUGACAAAGUGGCUCAACAGCUGGAAGCAAUUUACAUUCCAAAAAAUAAAAAUUCAACAUAAGCGUUUUUUAUAAUUUACAAUUCUUUACUUUUAUUAAAUAUUAUCAUAGAUGUAAUCAAAAUCAUUAUAAAUGAACAUUUUCACAGAAGUUCAUUUGUGAGACUAUUUGUUUGCUUCUUUUUUAUUUUUAUUCAAGAAACUAUUAUAGAGUUAUAUAUUUACACAAAAUAUUUUAAUUGAUAUGUUAAAUUUAUGCAUUGGGACAAUGCCCAAAGGUUACACAAAAUAAGAAAAAUCUUCACUUUUUAUCAUGUCACUAAUUUUAAUAUCAUUGCUCAAUUGAAUCUGAAAAAAAUAAUGUUUACUUUUACUCUGUGAAUAAUUGUCUUAUUUUGUGUGAAUAACUGUGGUUAAUCAGUUUGUCACUUGUCGUAUACUUAUUACUCAGUCUCUAAAUUCAAAAUACUGAAUUACUUGAUCGUAAAAAUUGUUACUUUUGUGUUUCAUAUUUAUCUAAAGUUGAUUUGAUACCUUCGAGAUGAAAUCGGAAAGAGAACGUUUAUUAAGAAUUUGAAAAAUCUUCGCCUCUUACCGAGUUUUAGUUAACGCGGAUAAUUUGGACAAUCUUCAAAAAUAAAGACCUAA